AUGGAAAGGGGGAUAUGGAAACCCAAUGCCGAGUUAGUCCCUGCAUGCCCUCGUUGUGGUUCCACAAAUACAAAAUUUUGUUACUACAAUAACUAUAGUUUGACACAGCCUAGGUAUUUUUGCAAAGGUUGUAGAAGGUAUUGGACUAAAGGUGGUUCUUUAAGGAAUGUUCCUGUUGGUGGUGGCUGCAGGAAGAGUAGAAGAGGUAAGUCUUCUUCUAGUACAAUUCAUCAUCAACAACAUGGCCUUAUUUCAAGAAAUUUGGGACAUGGAGUAGUUUUAAAUCCCUCUAAUAUUGAUCAUCAUCAAUCCACUAGUAAUUCAUUGGAUCAUGGUUCAAGCAUUGAUCUUGCUUUAGUCUAUGCAAAUUUCUUGAAUAGUAAUAAUUCCAAGCCAUCACAACCGGAGGGCCACCAGAAUCUUGAACCGCCUUCUAAUGAUGAUUUAUUAUUGCCUAAUGAUCGUCAUCAUCAAGAAGCAGUACUUGUCACUCCACCAUUCGAGUUUUCAAGCAUGAUAAACAUGGAGUUCAUGACUAGCAAUUUAGGCCAAGAAUCGCGAUUAAUUUGCGAUGGUGAUGGUGUUUACUUUAGUGGGAUUCAUGAGGAGAAGCAAAAUAUCAUGAAUCAUAGUGAUCUGCACGAUCAUCACUAUGCAACCAUGAAUGUGAAUGCCAAUAAUAUUAUCAACCAUGAUCAAUUAAGCAACAAUUAUAUGCAAUUACCUCCAUUGCCUGGUGAAGAGAUGAUGUGGUCUAAUUCUCAUGAAAAUCACAUGGUAUUUCCUAGUGAUAUUCUAAAUUCAAGUCAUAAUUCAUCUGUCGGAGGACAAGAGCUAGAACCAGAGCUAGAGCCAGAACCAGAAUUAGCGGUACAAGAUCCGAGUCAUCAUAGCGCUAAUAACGCAAAUGAUGGGAGCCUUUUCAGCUUGUCCAAUUUCGGAAAUAUUUUCAGGCCUUGAGAUCAAAUUGAUGUUUAUAUUUUACUUUGUUUUGCUACAGUCUUCACAUUUGAUAUAUAUACCAGUUCAUGUAUAGAAAAGGUGAAAACAUUUUUCUAAAGAAUAAUAUAUACUUACUGAAUUUGUAAUAUUGGUGAAAG